UGAACAUGAAGCCAAUGAAUCACAUGUUCACAUGCAUGGCGAUAGUGAGAAAUGUGAAAAUAAAAUGGCCCCAUCUGAAAAGAAAAACGACUAUGAAGAUAUUUCUGACCAACUUUAUCCUGAUCGUAAACGAAAAUCAGGUUCAACAGAUGAAGAACAGUCGAGUUCUUGGUAUGACAUUGUAAGCGGUAAGAAAAAUGCAGCCGAGAAUUUCGUUCGAAUACGAUGUCGUUACAAGGUUGAAAAAGCAUUGAGCGAAAGUCCUCUGGUGAAGCUAUUAGUAUCGGCAUUACGGUCCAAAGGAUGUGAAAUCGAUAUGAAUCGUCAUAUUUGUUGUGAAAAUUGUGGCGACCAAGUAACCGGCGGUUACGAUACUACUCGUAAUCAGAUUGUUGUAUGUCACAAUCGUGUCUACACAAAAGAAAUGACUGCAGCCGUCAUUGGACAUGAAUUGAUUCAUAUGUUUGAUUAUUGCCGCGCUAAACUUGACUUUAAUAAUUUAGAUCAUAUCGCUUGUUCGGAGAUCCGUGCUGCCAAUCUCGUUCAUUGUUCGAUGACCAGUUCAUUUUUUACUGGAACCACCGGAUUUAAUAAAGUAGCCGGAUCGCAUCGAGAAUGUGUAAAGGCAAAAGCAUUAUCAUCGAUUUUGGCCGUACGAAAAGGAAUGCCUAUUGAACAAGCUGUACAAGUGGUAGAUCGUGUAUUCGACCGAUGUUAUAAUGAUCUGGAACCAAUUGGCCGUAGAAUACGACUAAAUUCACGUCACAUUAAAUGGGCAUAUCGUGAACGGUUUCUCUAUGACUACGAUUCAUUUGCUUAGCUUUUGGUGUUUGUUUCAAUUAUAAUAAUGAAUGUAUUAUC